AUGAACACGAGUAAACCGCCCAGCCUAUUUACGCCGAGAGACGAGCUCGCCCGAUUGCCCCUUGAACCGCGAAGCAUUGCGCGCACCGACUCUCCCUCCCGACGGCAGAGCACUCCGGAGUGGCUUGAGCGAAAUACGAUCGAAGCAGCUGCUGCAGCUGCGACUGUCGCUACAGUUGUACCUUCCACAUUCGCUCAGGCCUCGACGAGCUCGGACCGGCAACGGAAGUGGCCUGGUAGAGCGAACCUUACAUUGACAGGUCUUGGAGAGGCUGGGUUAGGAGGACUUGGAGGUGGCAUUGCAGGAGGCAGUAACAACAAUACAAUCAGACCUCCGCCGCCGGCAUGGCCAGACGCAUCCGAUAGCACUGGUCUGCGCGGGAGAAGCGCAAGCAUAAGUACGACGACACUCCUCCGCACACCACCUGGCGAAUUCCCGCCUGCACUAGGUUCGACCACAUCAGAGCCAGGCGAGGCGCAGAAGCGAAAGUGGAUCGGCCAGCAGACGACCUCCGAGCCAACGACCAAGCGACCUCGUUUCCAAGCUCCCAAGACCAAGCAUAGGCUCGACGGAUUCAACUUCAACUUCGGCGGAGCCGCUUUCAAUCCACCGCCGUUGCAACCUCCAAGCCCAUUGUUCUUCUCGCAUUCGCCCAGACCACGACCCGCGCUACCACCCCGAUUCUCCUCGUCCGAGGCUGGCGCGAAAAUGCUUAGCAAAGCGCGGACGGAGGAUAGCCACUUUAAGACCGUGAGCUUGGCUCGUGGGACGGUCUCCACGCCGAACUACACUCCUACGAGCGCGCCCCGGCCUGAGUAUAAUCUCGCGAGACGGAGUCUAGAGAGGGCUAGCACUGGCCGCAGUAGCAGUCCGGAUGGGACGAGUGGCGAAGUCGGCGUCUUGCAUUCGAUAGGGGUUAUAGAAUUGCUAGAACAGGACGAACGGCCAACCUUUAUCGUGGACUUGGCCGACAGCAAGAAUUAUGGGCCGGGCGAGUUGCAGCUUGUGUUUGCCAAUUCGGCAUUACGGAGCUUUAGUGGGAUGCUAGAGGCUGUUACGGGUGGUACGAGCGAGGAUGCGAGUCCGGGUCCACGAACAUACUUGCAGCUCAAGGCAUGGCUAUUGAGUGCGUCGAUCGAUGGUGAAAGCCUGAACGUGUGUCUGCCGUCAUUCGUGUUCUCUGGCAUGACGUGGUCGUGUUCAACACUACGCAAGCGUCUGCGUGUCAUUAGUGGCGCGUUCACUGACUCAGUAGCACGGAGGAGUAUGCCACCAACAUCAGCUGGCGAGACGGCGGGGCCACCCUCCAUAGACUCGAAUAUGCUUGAGCCGAGUGACUAUUUCGGUCCAGCGACAGCUGAAGCGGUGCCGAGCGCGGUGGUCACAGACAGCAGCAAUAGUGGACGAUCCGAGGUGAUCCCGACAAUCGAGUCGGCCGGAUCAGUUGGGACGAGCACGCUUGCUCCCAAUCAUGAGGUAUAUGAUCUGUCGGGCUCGACACAGCUGAUGCCCUCUGCAACAACGUACGUACAGCAGACUCCCGGCAGCGAUGGCGGACCAGUCGCCAUCACACCGAGCAGUACAGUUGACUCUCAGCAUAGUCAUAUCGUGCUCGCGCCCUCGGACGCCUCCUCCUUCGAUUGGACCCGAUUACUCGUCACCGACAGCAUGCCAGCCCAUAUACGAUUCGCGAGGAGCAUCGAUUGGGCCGCCACUUCUCUCGGCCCUAUCGAGCUAUGGCCUAGCGAUCUGAGACAAAUGUGCAAUUUGAUCAUGGCUUCGCCGCAUCCAGCUGCGAUGUACUGGGGUGAGGAUCUGAUUGCAAUUUACAAUGAAGCAUAUAUCCUUCUGGCUGGACAGAAACAUCCUACUCUGAUGGGUCAAAGCUACAGCAAGGCCUGGCAGGAGAUUUGGGAUGACGUCAAAGAUGUCUUUGCCUCUGCCAAAAGCACCGGUGAAGCUACGAUGAAAGAUGAUGAUUGCCUGUUUAUGAAACGGAACGACUAUCUCGAGGAGACGUACUUCAGUUGGUCAAUAAUACCCAUGGUUGGCCGAGAUGGCAGUGUCAUGGGCCUCUACAAUCCUGCGUUCGAGAAGACGAGACGGAAGAUUGCUGAGCGACGGAUGCUGACGCUGCGCGAAGUUGGCGAAAGGACGGCGAGCGCGAGAGACGUGAAAGGCUUCUGGUCACAGGUCCUGGGGUCUUUCGAGUUCAAUGCCUACGACAGUCCGUUCUUGCUGCUCUACUCUGUGACCGACGAUCCCGAUUCGGAUGCGAGCAGUAUGCAUAGCAACUCCGUCCUGGCGACUCGACAGCUUAUACUCGAGGGCUCGCUUGGCGUCCCGGAGGACCAUAUUGCAGCGCCUGCGCAGAUCGAACUCAGAGCUGGCAUGGAGGGCUUUGGGCCAGUCUUCCGGGAGGUGAUGAAGACGGACAAGCCAGUUCUCCUGGAAGUGGGAAGCAAAGAUCUACCGAGAUCGCUUCUAGAAGGCCUCGAUUUCCGUGGCUUUGGUGACCCCGUGCGAGCGGUGGUCAUUUGUCCCAUCCAUCCGACGACCGGGGAGAACAUUCUCGGUUUCCUGGUCCUCGGUAUAAACCCGCGGAGACCUUACGAUGACGACUACAGCCUCUUUGUGCAGCUUCUCAGCAGACAAUUGGCGACGAGUCUGGCAUCCGUAGUGCUCUUCGAGGAGGAGAUCAGGAGGGGCCAGCGAGCAGCUAAGCUUGCGGCGCUUGAUCGCAUUGAGCUUGCAGAACAGCUUGCGGCAAGGACGCAAGAAGCUAUUGAUAGCGAGACGAAGUUCACGCGUAUGGCGGAGUUUGCUCCGGUCGGUAUGUUCAUCGCUGAUCACAGCGGCCGGAUCACUUUCGCGAACGAUACCUGGUAUGAGAUAUCCGGCAUAAAUCGAAAGGACGGAAGUUCUCAUAUCGGGACUGAUUCUUGGAUGGAUGCUAUCAAGGACGAGGAUGCGGCGAUGGUGAAAGAGUGGUGGAACGAUCUCGUGAUGCAUACACAGCCUGUGACGAACGAGUUCAGGUUCAAAGCGCAAUGGAAGGAUCGCAAUGGCAACGCCAGCGAUACAUGGGCGCUGUUCAGCGCGUACCCGGAGAAAUACGACGAUGGCAGGCUGAAGAGUGUAUUCGGCUCGAUCACGAAUAUUAGCCAGCAGAAAUGGGCGGAGGGCAUACAAACGCGCAAGAUGGAGGAAGCUGUUGAACUCAAACGGCAGCAGGAGAACUUCAUCGAUAUCACGUCCCACGAGAUGCGGAAUCCGCUGUCAGCUAUCUUGCAGUGCAGUGAUGAGAUUACGACUAGUCUUACCAAAUUCCGGCAGUCUGGCGAACGCGUGAUGUCAGACGAGCUGCUUACGAGUUGUCUUGACGCUGGACAGAUUAUCAGUCUUUGCGCGCAGCAUCAGAAGCGCAUUGUAGAUGAUGUUCUGACGCUCAGCAAGCUCGAUUCAGCACUAUUGCUCGUCACACCUGUUGAUGCGCAGCCCUUGACUGUCGUGCAGCGAGCAUUGAAGAUGCAUGAAGGCGAGCUACAGGCUGCGGACAUCCAGCUGAAGUUCGUGGUCGACCAAUCAUAUCGAGAUCUGGACCUCAACUGGGUCCGACUGGACCCUUCGCGAGUGCUGCAAGUCCUCAUCAAUCUCACCACGAAUGCCAUCAAGUUUACCGGGACUGAAAGCAAGCGGACGAUCACAGUCACGAUCUCGGCCAGCAUGCGCAAACCGAGCGAUGUGCCGAAUCCACCCGUCAACUACUUCCCGACCAGGAGCAAGCGGAUAGAAGCCAUGUCCAGCCGAGACUGGGGAGACGGCGAGAUCGUCUACAUCCACUUUUCCGUCGAGGACACGGGACGAGGGCUCAAUCCAGAGGAGAAGAAAACGCUAUUCAUGCGCUUCUCGCAGGCCUCGCCGCGGACACACGUGCAAUAUGGAGGUUCUGGCCUAGGCUUGUUCAUCAGUCGAGAGCUUACGGAGCUACAAGGUGGUGAGAUUGGCGUGGAGAGCGAGUCUGGCAAGGGCAGCACAUUUGCAUUUUACGUGGCGGCGAGGCGGAGUGUAGCACCACCCGAUCCGGAGUCUGGGAUCGGCUCGAAACAGGACCCCAAGAUCAACGACAUGCGAAGCAAAAGUGUGCCAUCUGCUGGCGUCAAACCUCCUGCCGGUCGCGUGCAAGGACCAUAUCCAUCAUCCGGUCCACAAGGCACUCCUAGAACAAUACAGAAGAAAGUCCUCAUCGUGGAAGACAACCUGGUAAACCAGCGAGUGUUACAGAAGCAACUUAAGAAUCUUGGUACGGAAGUGCACCUAGCGAAUCACGGCGGUGAAGCCCUCGAAAAGCUACGCCAAUCGACAUACUGGGCCGAAGGCGGUCCGGAAGGCAAGAUCGAACUAGGGGUCGUGCUUAUGGACCAGGAAAUGCCUGUGAUGGACGGCUUGACUUGUACGAGGAAGAUACGGGAACUGGAGCAGGAAGGCAAACUGACCGGCCAUAUUCCCAUAAUAGCUGUCACGGCAAACGCUAGAUCUGAACAGAUCCAGACGGCUAUGCAGGCCGGCAUGGACGACGUGGUCAGUAAGCCUUUCAGGAUCCCGGAACUCGUUCCCAAGAUCGAGGAGUUGAUGAUUCGAUACCCGAUGCCUGGAAGUGGCUCAGCGUCUUAA